AGUUCUGACGUUCACCGCAGCUGUUCGUCCACAUGCUCACUCAGCAAACAGCUAUAUUCGAGCACGAAUGCUUCAUUUUUAAUCACAUUUCUCACUCUCGAGGAAGCGUUUAGUAAACUUAUAGGACGUGCACACUCUCUCUCUCUCAGGGCCAUGUCCUUUUUGGGAACUGCAGUGAGGAGGGCGAUGGCAUGCCGGUGGCCCGUCUCACCCCUCUGCCGUGUCACUGCCUGUUGCUAUAGCACCCAGUCUACACACACCACAGAGAAGAGCGUCCCCUAUGAGAAGACCCUCAAACAAGAGGACGACCUUAAUGGGCCAACCAAACCCCUGCCAAAGUCUGCAGAUGUUGUGGUGAUCGGAGGCGGAAGCCUGGGUUGCCAGACCCUUUACCACCUGUGUAAAAUGGGCAUGACCAAUGUGGUUCUGCUGGAGAGAGACCGAUUGACCGCUGGCACCACCUGGCACACGGCAGGACUUUUGUGGCAGUUAAGACCAAGCGAUACUGAAGUCGAGCUGUUGGCUCACACUCGCAACGUGGUUAGCUCAGAGUUGGAGCUGGAGACGGGCCUUCAGACUGGCUGGAUCCAAAAUGGAGGACUGUUCAUUGCUUCCAACAAGCAGCGUUUGGAUGAAUACAAGCGGCUCAUGUCGCUGGGUAAAGCAUACGGCAUCGAGUCAUACGUUCUGUCACCAGCUGAGACCAAAGAUCUGUAUCCACUGAUGAAUGUCAAGGAUCUUUAUGGCACACUCUACGUACCUAAAGAUGGCACCAUGGACCCAGCGGGCACCUGCACAACCCUCUCCAGAGCGUCAACUGCACGGGGGGCCACUGUGAUUGAAAACUGUCCAGUGACUGGUAUUCAAGUAAGAACUGAUCAUAUGGGUGUUAAGAGAGUAAAGGCUGUAGAAACCGCUCACGGGACCAUUCAAACCCCAUGUGUGGUCAACUGUGCAGGUGUAUGGGCCACUAAACUGGGUAAAAUGGCUGGCGUCAAUGUUCCUUUGGUUGCUAUGCACCACGCUUACGUUGUCACGGAAAGAAUCGAGGGGAUUCAGAAUAUGCCCAACGUCAGGGACCAUGAUGCAUCAGUCUACCUCCGUCUCCAAGGUGACGCUCUUUCUGUGGGAGGCUACGAACACAACCCAAUUUUCUGGGAUGAUGUGUCUGAUAAAUUUGCCUUCAGCUUGUUUGACCUGGACUGGGACGUCUUCAUGCAGCACAUUGAGGGCGCCGUUAACAGGGUACCUGCUCUGGAACAAACUGGGAUCAAAUCCACCGUCUGUGGACCAGAAUCCUUUACUGCAGACCAUAAGCCCCUGAUGGGUGAAGCCCCAGAAGUGAGAGGAUUUUUCCUUGGUUGUGGUUUCAACAGUGCUGGUAUGAUGCUGGGGGGAGGAUGUGGCAGGGAGCUGGCUCAUUGGAUCAUCCACGGACGUCCUGAGAAAGACAUGUAUGGAUAUGAUAUCAGGAGGUUCCACCAUUCCCUGACCGCCAAUAACCGCUGGAUCAGAGAGAGAAGCCAUGAGUCAUACGCCAAAAACUAUUCGGUCGUGUUCCCCUACGAUGAACCUCUGGCCAGCCGCAACAUGAGGAAAGACCCACUUCAUCAGGUACUGCAGGAUCAGAGUUGUGUGUUUCAAGAGAGGCACGGCUGGGAGAGACCAGGCUGGUUUAAUCGAGACGGUUCUGCACCAGUUUUGGAUUAUGAUUACUACGGUGCCUACGAUGUGCCCAAAAACACUGCUUACAAAUACAACAAGCUGCUCGGCAAUGAGUACACCUUUGACUUUCCUCCACAUCAUGAUGUGAUUCGGGCCGAGUGUGUCACCUGCCGGAAUGCUGUGGCUGUCUUUGACAUGUCUUAUUUUGGGAAAUUUUACCUGACUGGUCCGGAUGCGAAGAAAGCAGCUGAUUGGCUGUUUACAGCUGUUGUCAACAAAGCACCAGGCUCUACAGUGUACACCUGCAUGUUAAACAAGAAAGGCGGAGUCGAAUCUGACCUUACAGUCAGUCGUUUGGAGCCCGGAGCCGCCCACCUUCCUCUGACACCCGAAUCUACCGGUGAUGCGUACUACCUGGCCAUAGGAGGUGGUGUGGCCCAGCAUAACUGGAGUCACAUUCAGACAGCGCUGCAGGACCAGGGCUUCCGCUGCACACUGAUAGACCACACUGAAGACAUGGGCAUGAUCAGCAUACAGGGACCCAAGAGUCGAGAGCUCUUACAUGAAGUGUUGGACACCGACCUCAGCAAUGAUGCGUUUCCCUUCUCUACACACAAGAUCGUGAAUGCUGCUGGACACAAGGUGAGGGCCAUGCGUCUGUCAUUCGUGGGCGAGAUGGGCUGGGAGCUUCACGUUCCUAAAGAGUCCUGUGUGCCCGUGUACCACGCCGUCAUGGCCGCUGGUGCUAAACACGGUGUUUGUAAUGCAGGCUACAGAGCCAUUGACUCCCUGAGCAUUGAGAAAGGUUACAGGCACUGGCACGCAGAUCUGCGGCCUGAUGACACUCCUCUAGAAGCGGGUCUUGCAUUUACCUGUAAAAUGAAGAGCUCCAUUCCCUUCCUGGGUCGAGAGGUGCUGGAGGCACAAAAGGCGGAGGGCCUGCGCAGACGAAUCGUAUGCUUCACAAUUGAUGAAAAAGUGCCAAUGUUUGGUCUGGAGGCUGUUUUCCGCAAUGGCGUUCCUGUGGGCCACCUGCGACGCUCCGAGUUCGGAUUUGCUAUCGACAAGACCAUUGGCUAUGGUUAUAUUCGCAACCCAGAUGGUGGAGUGGUGAGUCCUGAUUUUAUCCGCAGCGGAGAAUUCACGCUGGAGAGGAUGGGCGUCACAUAUAAGGCUACAGCCCACUUGAAAUCUCCCUUCGACCCGGAGAACAAGCGUGUUAAAGGAUUUUACAGUUCUUUGCAGGAUAAGACUGGACUGCACACAGCCAGAAUGUAAUAGAUCUAGAAUAAGUUCUGGAAAAAUGUUUACAGGCCUUUAUCCAACACAUACUGUAAUGACCAUCAGCAUUCCAGGUAUUAUUAUGUCUUUUCUGUAUUUAUAUUCAGUGUCUUAAAUCAGUCAUCUGCUGUAUUGGAUUGUAGAAGAAUACAGAACUGUGAAUAUUAGAAAUAACCUGGUGGCAGUGUUAUAACAAUCUGUGCCUUGAAGGAAAAGUUCAGCUACAAAGUUAAACAGUCAUUAUUUACAUGCUCUUAUGCCGUUUCAAAAAAACAUGUUUAGCACAAUGUCCAUGCUAGACUUUCUAUACAAUAAAAGUGAAUGGAUGUCACUUUUUAGCACUGACAUUGUGCAUGUUGUGUUUCUAAGAAAAGCACGAUAUUUAAAUGAUGCAAUUGAUGACAUUUCAUAAGUGAACAAUUCCUUUCGUUUUUACAGUAUUUUUCACAUUUUUUCCCCAUCACAUUUUAUUUCAUCGUGCACCUCUUGGAUAGGUCUUAACCUCUUUGUAAAUUUUGUGUAACUGCCAAUUACUUUUUUGUGAGUGUUUUCAUAGAAUAGCUUUAUAUUAAAGAUGUGAAUCAAAGGUUGAAAAAGUUAAAAUAUAAAAUAAUAUAGUGAUGUAAUAGACGAUCAUCUCUGUUCAAUAAACUAUCAGAUACACAUAUAUAUGUAACAAAUAUGUAAAUGCUUAAUAUAAAAGUCUGUUUACUUGUUAAAUAUGAUCUUGUGUGAUGUAUUUUCUAGAAUUUUAUUCUAGACAGAAGCUUAAAAUGAAUUAUGCAUGUUGGGCUGUGAACUCAUUCUCUCCCUCAUGUACUGCGACUGUGAAAUUACCAUUUUACAGAAUUUUAAACUUGCUUGCUCAUUGGCCAUUAUAGUAUUUUUUCUGAAGUUCGGCUCUAAGCUGUCGGCUGUUGAAUUCCAUCUGUUGUUCAAAUGGACGGUGAAUUUGCUUCUGUGUAAAUAAAUGACUGUCUUGUUCUGGUAGAAAACUCUGUGUGUAAAAUUACUAAUAAAUAACAUAUUUAAAUAACAUACACAUGCAUAUUGCAUAUAUUUCUGCAGUACAAAACUGUAGUAUGCAUGUUGUGCAUGUUACAACCAGGUCAACCACAGUUGGACAAAA